GAGAGCCACAUAUCGAUCAGUGACGGCCUAUUAAUGAGCUGGAAGGCGUGCUGAGACAGACGCACGUGCAUCCAUUUAAACUCCCGGACAGGAGCUCGCGCUCAUUUAGUCUGCAGCUGUGCCAAAAACAGAGAGUUUCUGUCCGCGGUUCGCUUCUGUAGCUAACUGUGCAGAGAAACGGCGGAUAAAGAUGCUGCAGGACGCCUUUGGAUGCGUCGUGGCGAACAGGUUCGGGAAUCUUCUGGACGACGAAGCUGACCCGUUUGACCUGAUGAGCGAGGUGGAGCUGGAGAAGGAGAAGAAGAAGAAAAAGAAGAAGGAAGAGGAGGACAAGAAAGGAAAGCAGAAGAAAGCCGGCCUGAAGGAAUCCCAGAGGAACAGACGCCUCCCGGUCGCUCCUAGUGGUCUGGACCUGGUUCCAGGGCGAAAGCAACAGGGAGUUCCAGCAUUGGUGGUGGAGGGCAGAGAAGGUCGCGUUGAGGCCCAGAGGAACAUAAAGAGAGGCACUGGGGGCCAACGGGGACUGAACAAAGAGGAUCUACUGGAGUUCUCAAUCCCAAAGCCCUCCUUUAACGAAGCCUCAGACUUCAGCAGCAGAGGGGGAUUCAGAGGCCGAAGAGGAGCGAGAGGUGGAGGUUACACAAGAAACUCUGACCAAUUUUAUCUGAGAGGCAAGAGGGAAUAUGAUCGGCACGAUGGAACAGGGAUGUCUUCAGAUGAAAAGCGAGGAGGCAGGGGACCCUGGAACUGGGGCAGUCCUGUGGAAGCUGUAAGUGAGAUGAUGGAGGUGAUGACUGAUCCUGGAGUCAAGACUGAGGAGCAACAGUCAGCUGUGGAGGAGAAUGCAAACCCAGGAAUGGAUGAGGACAAUGAGGUGGUGGUCCAGGUUGCCAUGGAGAUGAGCUUGGAUGAGUGGAAGGCCAUGCAGGAGGUGAACCGCCCCAAAGUAGAGUUCAAUAUCCGCAAAGCUCAGGAUAAGAUUCCCUCAAAGGCAAAAGUCAUCCACGAGUCAAAGUACCUGGAGAAUGCGAAGGAGACUGUAGAGGAGGUUGAGGAAGAGGGAAACUUUCUUCGCAGGUCCAUGAAUGACAUCACCACCCUCAUGGAUAUAAACUUCGGGACUCUUGGACGUCCUAGCCGUGGGGGCCGUGGCAGAGGAGCACGAGUUGGUCAAAGCAUUCGCCCAGAAAGACCCACACCCAUUGUUGAAAGGGAGGAUGGAAUGGCGCCGAAUCCUGAUGACCCUGAAGACUUCCCAGCCCUUACAGCAGGGCGCUGAAGGAUUUCACCUACUGCCUUCUACAAAACUGUUCAUGUUUCUUUUGAGGUUCUGCUGCACUUAUAACUGUGUUCAAUAAAAGCUUUUGCAAAGUUAAUUUUCUAUCUGCUGGUACAUACACCUAAGUGGGGGAAAAAAAAAAAACGCUAUCACUGCCACACUUGGACAUAUAGACUGGAACAUUUUGUCCAUUUUGUCCCCUGCAUGUAUACUACAGUACAGACAUGGGUUGAGCACUAGGACCAAGUGGAAAAACGCAGCUCAAAUUGAAGCCUGCUUCCGUGAGUUUAUACAGUCCCACAAGCUCCUGAUUGGUCCAGUCUUUUCUUGUGUGAUUGGCUGUCACUCCUGACCAGCUCUUUACAAACAUCUGAUGUGCCACUGAAUCGGGUCUGAUUGUAUGGUCAAACAUGCUGACGUUAUAUUAAAUACUGAAAUGGUUUCAAAUACUAUGAAAUGGUUUUAUUUGACUGUAAACAUUUUUUAAAAAGGGGAAGAAGUUUGUAAUGUAAACCUAAGCCACUGCGAUCGACUGUCGCCAUAGGAACGACUGCUUUCUUUUUCUGUUGGAGGGAAGAGGCUGUUCUAUUCUGAUUUAUACCCCCCACCUUCAAUCGAGUUGCCCUCCAGAGCUGCAAGUGUGACUUCAUUGGGAGUUACACUUGACAGUUAAGGAGUAGUGCUUAGCGGGUGGUUUGGGAUUGAGCCAAAAUAAAUGCUACGGGGGGUAACUGUGCUGUUUGACAUAUAUGUGCCAUACUCACCAUGGAACAGAAGGGGAGGAAAGAGCGGUUUAAGGAGAUUAAAAGAGAAUUAUAGACAUUCAUGUUAAAGUCUAAGGAUAUAAGAUACAGGUGAAGAUUCUUAGUCAUCCUGGUCACGGUCAUUCCUGAGACGAUAGCCCAUGUUAGCUACUGUAUAAUGCCUCGAGCUCAACGCUAUUCUGAAAUUUUGAAUUUAAAAGCUUCCUGGAUGGGAAGCAAAAUGUCUUCAAACUUGGAAACAAAGGCCUGUUUGUUUAGCUUUUUUGGAAAGGCUUUAAGAACAUCUCCAUGCAGCUUGAUUUUUGUGCCUGCAUUUGCACAU